UUUCUCCUCCUCCUGUGCCCUCUUCGCCCCCCUCCUUUGGGGGCCCCGUGACCCUGAAUGUGGGGGGCACGCUCUAUUCCACCACUUUGGAGACCCUGACUCGCUUCCCAGACUCCAUGCUGGGCGCCAUGUUUAGGGCUGGCACUCCCAUGCACCCCAACCUCAACCCUCAGGGAGGCCACUACUUCAUCGACAGGGAUGGCAAAGCCUUCCGGCACAUUCUCAAUUUUCUGCGACUGGGCCGCCUUGACCUGCCCCGGGGAUACGGGGAAACGGCGCUACUCCGGGCAGAGGCUGACUUCUACCAGAUUCAGCCCCUUCUGGACGCCCUUCGGGAACUGGAAGCCUCUCGGGGGACACCGACAUCCACAGCCGCCCUCCUCCAUGCAGAUGUGGACACCAGCCCACGCCUGGUACACUUCUCUGCGCGCAAGGGCCCACACCACUAUGAGCUGAGUUCUGUGCAGGUGAACACCUUCCGAGCCAAUCUCUUCUGCACCGACCCUGAGUGUCUGGGGGCCUUGCGGGCCCGAUUUGGUGUGGCCAAUGAGGACAGAGCAGAGGAAGGCCCACACUUUCGGCUGGAGUGGGCCCCUCACCCCACAGAACUCCCUGAGGUGGAAUAUAGGAGACUGGGGCUGCAGCCACUGUGGACUGGUGGGCCAGGAGAGAAACGGGAAGUUGUGGGCACGCCAGGUUUUCUGGAGGAGGUACUGAGAGUGGCUCUGGAGCACAAUUUCCGUCUGGACUCAGUCUUCCCUGAUCCUGACGAUCUGCUCAACUCCAGAUCUCUGCGCUUUGUCCGACACUGAGAACACUGCCUUUAGUUUGAUUUGGACUGGCGGGGUUGGGGGGGGGGCGAGUGAUGGGAAGCAGAAGCAAUAAUAUCUCCCCUGACGCCUUUUCCUAGCUCUGCCCUGGAAACUGGAAGCUGGAGACCCCCAUUGUACCUGUCUUGAACCCAGAUGUGGACAGGGAUCCCCAAACCUGAGCCCAGCAAGGGCUGAUAAGUGGUCCAGGGGGUUGGGACUGGUACUAAUCCUAGGAGGACCUCCUUUCCUUGGUUGGAGUUCAGUAGUCGAGGGUCCCCUUUAGGCCUAGAGGAGCCCUGGAGAGACUCUGAGGUUGGCGAAAGGGAAUUUGGGUCUCUUGGACCGUGGCUUCUGCUGGAGCUGAGUUACCUGGCUUGGCCUGACCACUGGUAGGUCAAAAUACUCUGGAACAUGGGGAAGGGGAUUCUUUGCUGUGUCCAAACCAUGUGCUAGGGAGACAGUAAAACUACCCACCUACACCCCCACUCUACGUUGGCAUUGGGAGCUGGCAGAAUCCCCUACUUUUAAUUAUGAGGUUGUAGCCUCCUGCUGAAAUGCCCAACUGUUUGACAGGAUAUUUGAAAGGGGGUGGCUGUGGAGAGGAAUGUAGAUCUUGGGUCCUGGCCUGACUUCCUUUAAUGCACUUCAGCCAGCGCACCUAGUUUUCUGUUUGUUUGAACCACAACUGAGCCAGCUCAGGGGUCAGGGGUUGCUUCAGGUAGUGCCAGGAAUCAAAACCAGGCCUUCUGUAUACAAAGCUAGAGAUCCAGCUCCUUGGGCUACACUCCCGUCCUCCCAGCCAAGUGUAUCCGUGGCAUCCUGGCUUCACCAAAUCCAGUGUUGCUGGAUCCGGAUCUGUUGUGCCAGUCUUUAUGUGGUGUCUGCCUGUCUGAACCUGAUUGGAGUUGCCCAGCAACUGUUUUAGUAACAGGUAUGUUUGUGAGUAGAUGGUGAAUUAGUACUUUCUUGACAAGGGGUGAGUCUAUGUGUAUUCAUGCAUGUGCAUUCAUAUCAGCAGCAGGAGAUACCUAAUAGGGUUUGAGUCACCAGGAUCUCCCUGCUGAGAGAUAAGAGAAGCUCCUGGGCUUAGCCUUGGAGGCCUGUAUGGAACUUUUGGUUGCUUGGCAACAUAGUUCUAUUACUUAGAGAUAACUGGAGAAGGCCCAAAGCUGCACAGCAGGGUUUGAGAGAUAAUACAGUGAGUAGGGUGCUUCCCUUGGACACAGAUGACCCAGGUUUGAUCCCUGGGUUUCAGGGAAAACCCCAAAUAGCCCCCCAAACCUACCAGGAGUGAUCCCUGAGUAUAGAGCCAGAAGUAAGUCCAGUGUGGUCCCCAAGAUAGAGCAGACAAAAAAAAAAAAAAAAAAGGCUGCCCAGGGCAGAGAGAAAAUAGUUUGGGAGAGAGCACAUAAAGGAUUUCUGGGUCCCUGAUGGGAUGGGCUACUGAUAACCUCUCAAAAUUCUUCACUGGGGGGUCAUGAUUUACAAGAAGAAAAAUAAAAUUGCUUUUGGAAACAAACUUGUAAAGGCUGCUGAGGGUUGGGGGUGCUGUUCAGUGGAAGCAUU